GGAAGCAGAGGGCUGCUUCUCCAAUGACGACCGAACUCACGAACAAUAGCUGAACUAGAACCUAAGGAUUUAGCCUCUCGCUAAUAGGCUAUUUAGAUGCUGCUUUUGCCAGACGUGCGCUCAUUGGAAUGACAAGAACCGCGCCAAAAGUGACUCAGAAUGCAUAAAACCGUGUGGAUAAAAAUUAAGAUUUUUGUUUGUCUUCAGAGCUUUUUAUCAGCAGCCUUCAGUGCUUCACAUGAUGAGACAUACUAUGAGUAUGUGCCUGACCAUCUGCAGUGGGAAGAAGCAGAGAGAGUGUGUAAGCAGCGUUCAGGAGCCUUAGCCUCUGUAUCUAGCUCUGCAGAGAACCAAGACCUCUCUACCUUCCUCAAAUCCUUGAACAUUUCUCAGCCAGUGUGGAUUGCCAGGAAAACUGUGGCAGACACACAAGGUUCUGAAAGCCUCAUUCUGGAGUUCGCUGGGCGGUCGGACACGAAGAGUGCUCGCCUCAGACACAAGUUUACUUCUAUGGACUCCAUGACCGUUUGCACCAAGCUUCGCUUUGAUCCAAACUGCUUUGGAAUUUCUUCUGUCUUUUCCUACUCCAUCCCGUCAUACAGUCAUGAAUUUCAGCUUCGUGCAAACCUAAUCAAGGCAAAGCCCGUGCAGCUGGCUCUGUUGGUCCAUGGCAUCCAUGGGCCUUACCAUGAAGCUUUUGAGCAUGACAGCUCUUGGCACUCAGUCUGUGUUUCAUGGAGCCAAAAUAGGGGACACUGGGCCAUGUUUGCAAAUGGGACUUCUGUCUCCAUGGGCGAUGGCUUACACAGCUCCAGCCGGAUUGGCCCUGAUGGUCUUUUUGUUAUCGGCCAGGAGCAGGUCACCUUCGGGGGUCCUUUCAAAAAGCGUGAAUCAUUCUCUGGUAGCAUCACACAACUGCACAUUUGGGAUCGAGAGCUGACCAGCCAUGAAAUCCGCACCAUGGAAAACCUGUGUUCACCUCCUUCUUCUGGGCUUAUGUUCAAAUGGAGUGAAGAGGCUAUGGAAAUAGAAUCCACUGUCACAAAGCUAAAAGAUAGGACGUGUCAAGGUACAAUAGCGACAGAUUUCACUGCUAUUUCAAACGUUACUUUUAUGAGAGUGUUGGAGGACGGUUUCCUAUCAAACAGCUACUCUAUAAAUAUACCACUGAAGAAGCUGCCUGUUGUGGAUUGUGCUGCCUUUGAUCCGGUUGUAAAAAAUAUGAGCCAAACCACAUGCGAUUCAUCCCAAGGGGCUGUUUGUCAGUUUAAGAAAGAAUUAAACAUGAAUACUUCACGGAAAGGAGAUCUGAAGUUGUUGCAGCACUUGACUCAGACUGUGCUACAUGACUUCGAAACUGGGGCUAUAUCUAGUAACUCCUCGAAGGAUCUUCUUCUUGUGUUGAAGCAAAUUGAGACUGGACUGUCUUCUGCCACUGCUUCAGAAGUCUUGGUGUCCAUUGCUACAAACUUCAUUAAACUGGCUAGUCUGCUGUUGGAGCCCCACAUGGCAGCAAAGUGGAUGGGACAGACGGUAGAUGGAGAUAGUGUGGGACCAUUUGAUAUUGUCAAAACUAUUGACAUUCUCACUGAAACUCUUGCUGACAUGUUCUCAGUAGAAAAACGUAAUUUUACACUCUUCACAAAAAAUAUUGGUGUAGAUAUGAAGUGUCAAAGGCUUUCUAAUGCAAGCAAAAGUGAAGUCUUUAAACCCUCCACUUCUCACUCUUUCUCUGUUAGCAACAGUGAUCAGGACAAGCUGCUCAUAUCUGACACAGAACUUCAGAGGUUACACAGACAGGGAUAUGAAGAUGUGGUUCUUAUCCACACCCACUACAGCAAUCUGAAUGACAUUUUGGCUGGAGCUGAGCAGGCUGCCCAUAAUGCUAAAAACUCACAUAAAGACAAUGUAAGAGAUAAUCCUCAGCAUCUUGCUUCUGCUGUCAUAUCAGCCACUGUUCGAGGCAGUGUAAAACCAAAGAACAUCCCUGUUACAGUUCAUUACACACUUUCAACGUCUCAUAAGGCCAAGUCUUCCCAGCAAAGUGUCUGUGCCUUUUGGAAUUUCAGUCUCAUGCAGAUGAACCGCUGGUCCAGUGAUGGCUGCACAGUUGUAUCUGCAGAUGCUGGUGUUGUGACCUGUCUUUGCAACCACACUACCAACUUUGCUGUGCUCAUGAAUUACCUUGAGUCAGAGUGGAGUCCAGAGGAGGAGCUCAUCUUGACCAAACUGACAUUUAUUGGCUGCGGUGCCUCUCUUUGUGCUCUCGUAGUGACCUUGAUGCUGUUUACCGUGCUGGACAUUCCUAAAUCAGACAGAACCUCCAUCCAUAAAAACCUUUUCAUUGCUCUGAUCUGCGCUCAAGUGAUUCUACUGUGCAGUGGCUCAGCGAUCCACAACAAGGUGGCAUGUACGCUGGUGGCGGCCCUGCUUCACCUCUUCUUCAUGGCUGCGUUCAGCUGGAUGCUUGUAGAGGGGCUACUUCUCUGGAGUAAAGUGGUGGCAGUAAACCUGAGUGAGGACCGGCACAUGAAGUACUACUAUCUGAUUGGCUGGGGUUUACCUGUGUUAAUAGUAACUAUCACCCUGGCUUCAGCCUCAGGCAAAUACUCAGCUGAUGGCUACUGCUGGCUUAGUGUUCAGACUGGUGUUAUCUGGGGCUUUGCUGGACCAGUCAUCUUCAUCAUUAUGGUGAAUAUCCUGGUGUUAACUCGAGUGGUGGUCAUCACGAUCUCUACAGCCAAAAGGAGGUCCAUCUUACUGGCCAUGGGAGCAAGCCCUGUGGAACAGGCGUAUGAACAAAUCAGGGCUGCAGUGAAAGCUGUGCUGGUCUUGCUGCCUAUCCUGGGUCUGACGUGGCUGUUUGGCAUCUUGGUCCCUUUCUCCAUCGUCAUGGCGUAUAUUUUCAUCAUUCUCAACUCCCUACAGGGCCUGUUCAUCUUCCUGAUAUAUGGGGUGUACAACACAGAGGUGCGGAGCACAGUCAACAGGAUCAAGGAGAGAAGAAAGGCACUUAAUUUUUCAAAUUGUGCCAGCUCUAGACCAUCCAGCUCCAUGACCAGCUCUCGUCCCACCAGUUUGCCCCUUGGCAUCGGCCCGAGUCAGGAAGAGGAGGCCAACAACAUGUCCACCUGCAGCAGUGCCCCAGGCCCUACCCAAGAGGAAGAGCCAACAACAGGUCAUGUGGCCAUGCCCUCUGCUCCAGGGAGAAAAGAAGAUCCUCCUGGCCACACUUCCAGUGCCACUCAAAUCAAGUCCAGAAAGGCAGCUUUUGGCCCUCAGCUGGACACUGUACCGGUGGGUUGCAGUCUUCACGUUCCCAUGGAUCUGGAGUUCUCAGCUUCCUGUUUCCCUCUGGGUCCUCGUACAAACCACCAUCUCGUUCACAUCGACCACUGACACCAGCCUCACUGUGUCCUUUAAAUCUGUUUUCAACUUCUUUGUAAAAAGGUGAUUUUCAUUUUUGUCUUUGUACUACAUUUUGUAGUGUCAACUUGUAACAACUUCAUGUUUUUUAUUGUUAUAUGGUGUUUUUAAUUAUGACAUUUGCUCUGUAUUAUAUCAUUUUGAUUCAUGGACCAUAAUGGCAAACAAUAACCUUUAUUAUUAUUAUUAUUUUUAUUAUUAUUAUUGUUAUUUGUAUUUUUAAUAUUUGCAUCUAAUAAGUAUGUGAAAGUCUGCAGACCAAACUAAAUUGAAUAAAUAUCACUGGAGUUUUGGUGAAAAUUUGCA